CACUCACUCACUCACUCACUCACCCACUCACUCCCAUCUCCUCCAGCUCAAUCCCCAGCAUGGCCGCAUCCACUACGUCCGUCUGCUCCAGCGACCUGAGCUACAGCAGCCGCGUCUGCCUUCCUGGUUCCUGUGACUCUUGCUCCGACUCCUGGCAGGUGGACGACUGCCCAGAGAGCUGCUGCGAGCCCCCCUGCUGCGCCCCCAGCUGCUGCGCCCCAGCCCCCUGCCUGAGCCUGGUCUGCACCCCAGUGAGCUGUGUGUCCAGCCCCUGCUGCCAAGUGACCUGUGAGCCCAGCCCCUGCCAAUCAGGCUGCACCAGCUCCUGCACGCCCUCAUGCUGCCAGCAGUCUAGCUGCCAGCUGGCUUGCUGCGCCUCCUCCCCCUGCCAGCAGGCCUGCUGCGUGCCCGUCUGCUGCAAGACUGUCUGCUGCAAGCCUGUGUGCUGUGUGCCCGUCUGCAGUGGGGAUUCUUCAUGCUGCCAGCAGCCUAGCUGCCAGUCAGCUUCCUGCACCUCCUCCCCCUGCCAGCAGGCCUGCUGUGUGCCCAUCUGCUGCAAGCCUGUCUGCUCUGGGAUUUCCUCUUCGUGCUGCCAGCAGUCUAGCUGUGUGAGCUGUGUGUCCAGCCCCUGCUGCCAGGCGGCCUGUGAGCCCAGCCCCUGCCAAUCAGGCUGCAUCAGCUCCUGCACGCCCUCGUGCUGCCAGCAGUCUAGCUGCCAGCCGGCUUGCUGCACCUCCUCCCCCUGCCAGCAGGCCUGCUGUGUGCCUGUCUGCUGCAAGCCCGUCUGCUGUGUGCCCACCUGCUCUGAUGAUUCCGGUUCAUGCUGCCAGCCAGCUUGCUGCACCUCCUCCCAAAGCCAGCAGGGCUGCUGCGUGCCCGUCUGCUGUAAGCCUGUGUGCUGUGUGCCUGUCUGCUCUGGGGCUUCCACUUCAUGCUGCCAGCAGUCUAGCUGCCAGCCGGCUUGCUGCACCACCUCCUGCUGCAGACCCUCCUCCUCCAUGUCCCUCCUCUGCCGCCCCGUGUGCAGGCCCGCCUGCUGCGUGCCCGUCCCCUCCUGCUGCGCCCCCACCUCCUCCUGCCAGGCCAGCUGCUGCUGCCCAGCCUCCUGUGUGUCUCUCCUUUGCCGCCCCGCAUGCUCCCGCCCGGCUUGCUGUGGCCCCACCUCAACCCAGAAGUCCAGCUGCUGAGUGAUCUCCUUAAGAUCAUCCAAAGCCUGAGUGCUCACUGCCACCUGCACCCCUGGAUUCUUUACCCUUGACGGCUCUCCACAUCCCGCUCCUAAGCCCUGCAGUGGAUGUCAGUGGUCAGCUGGCCAUCCAGUGUGCGCUUCUCCUCCUAGAAGCAGCUCAGCUGUUUCUCCAAGUCUUGACUUUCCCCCAAUUACCCAGCCCUGCUUCCCCAGCAACAGGUGGGCAGUGACCCCAGCAAGGCCAGCGGGUGCUUCCAGGCCAUGGCCCGGUGUAGGGAGAAACAAGGGUAGACACGUACCAACUGUGGGUUUCUCGUCACUGUCCCAGCUCAGUGGCGAGCCCUGCUCCUCCCCUGCUGUGGGCCUGGGCCUCUUUCUCUGUCUUCCCUGACCACGGGAGCAGGUCAGACCCUUCUAAUAAACUCCUUUCCUAAAAAGUA